AUGGCAGCGGCUGUGGCGCAUCCUGACCUUGGGUCGUUUCCGUCCAGGUCAUCGUCAAGGUGUUCGCGUGGCUUUGCAAUUUCAGCUCACCCCAAGGCUGCGGAGGAGGUGGCUGACCUGCGACCUGCGGCAGUGGCUCAUCUGCACAAGCUGCACAGCCGGCUGCGAGGCGGUGGUGGCAAGGAUGCCAAGGCGAUGAAUGCGAUGGACGUGCGGGGCCAGCGCUUCCGGGUGGACAACGGUUUUCUCAGGGCGGACUCCAAAGGCCUGGGCUUUCGGAGGACGAAAGACCUGCAGGAUAUGAUUCCUGGAGCACUGGCCUUGUGGGGAAGCUGCGUUGCAGGCAUCGAUGAAGGAGACGGUUGGUUGCGAGUGGGUGCCAGAUUUCUGCCCAUGUUCGUUGGUGGCAUUCCGGUACUCUCGCCAGAGGCUGCAGGGUCAUGGUCCUGCGACACCUUGCCGAGCCCCGCGUCGCCCUCCUCGUUGAAGAGCGGAUCCAGUGCAGGUGCUUUCAUCUCAGAGACUGAGACACGACUUGCUCCACAGCUUCCGCUUCAGCCAAGAGAGAGGCCAUUGCCCUGGCCACACCCAGGGAUGGGCUGCCAGCCGACUCUUGCGAUGGCACUACCCAUGACGCAAGGGCUUUGGGAUUUUGGUGCGGGAAUCUGCGCUCUGCCCACGCCAUGCCGACUCUCAUCACAGCCGGCUUCUCCGGACUUCCGGGCUCUUUUUCGUGAGCUGGUCUCCUUACUCAAAAAGUGCCGAAAAAAGGUGGCUCGCGGAUCACAUCCGAGCAAGGAGCUCAUCGCGCUGGAGAGUCUGCAGAGGGCUGUUGCGGAGGAGGCGCAGCGCGGGAGCUGCGGAGCUUCCUGGCACUACCUUCUGCAGGAGUUGACGCUGACUCGACAAGCUUUGGAAGGCUCAGGAUCCUUGCCGGAAGGGAUCCUGGGUCAUUCCUUGCACUCUGGCAUUCUCUCCAGCCCUGCGCCUCUGGCAGCUCCAUCUCCUGCUGCCAGCCCGGAGGUUGCACAAUCGACAGAGCGUGCGGACUCGGAGUUUGAGGAGCCCAGCCUCGUGGCGGAGCUCCUGGCUGAGGCUUCAAGGGCAGGCGAUGAUGCAGAAGCCGCGGCUGCCGUGGCCGAGGUGGCCAGCCGGCCACGCCUAAGUCCCAGAAGGAGUCCGCGGCCACAGCGGCCACAGCGGGCACACAGCUACUCCCCAGGGGCUCGCCCAAGCCUGCAGAUCGCCCGGCCGCUUUCCAUCGAGGACCGCUGUUCCGAAUUGGAGAGCUGUGUGGCUCGAUCGCAGAAGGCCCGUGCUGAGCGGCAGCGGAUGGGCUGGCAUUCCUGA